AUGUGGGAGUCACCGUGGCUCGCCUAUUGUAGCCAGCCCCUAGGUAACACAUACAGCUCCACGCAGGUAGAAGCCGGAUGGUAUGACUGGUGGCUGCAGCGGGGAUUCUUCACACCAUCUGGAAAUGUAACUGAGGACUGGCAGGUGUUUUCAAUGUUGCUACCCCCACCAAAUGUCACGGGGAACCUUCAUCUGGGACAUGCUUUGACUGGAGCUAUACAAGAUGUCAUUGUUAGGUGGCGCCACGAAACACUUUGGGUUCCUGGAACAGACCAUGCAGGUAUUGCAACUCACGUGGUGGUGGAGAAACAGCUGAGGAAGGAACAUGGGAAGACAAGGCACGAUCUAGGCAGAGAAGGCUUCAUCAAGGAAAUCUGGAAAUGGAAGCAAGAACAUGGACAUAAUAUCACAGAACAGAUGCAGACAUUAGGGUUGUCACUUGACUGGACUAGAGAGUAUUUCACAAUGGAUGAGAGGUUGAAUCUUGCUGUGACCGAAGCUUUUUGUAGAUUGUUUGACCUGGGACUGAUAUACCGAGAUAAACGAAUGAUAAACUGGUCCUGUGCACUCAGAUCCUCGCUGUCUGACAUAGAGGUUGACAGUCUGACACUAGAAGGACCCACAACUUUGAAGAUGCCAGGAUUGGCUCAGAAAGUCAAGUUUGGCAUACUCUCACAUUUUGCCUAUCCUAGUUUAUUAUACCCCUUACUUACAAUAUUUUUGUCAUAUUUGUAUUUUAAAGAUGAACGAGUUGUUGUAGCAACAACCAGACUGGAGACUAUGUUAGCAGAUGUGGCUGUGGCCGUGAACCCUGAUGACCCUCGUUACAGCCAUCUGAUUGGCCAGACAGUUGUUCAUCCUCUAGACAAGGGCAGACAACUCCCUAUUAUUGCAGACACAUUCGUCGACAUGAAGUUUGGGACAGGAGCUGUUAAAAUCACCCCCGGCCAUGACCGAGUGGAUUAUGAAGUUGGGUGCCGCCAUGGCCUGCCUGUCCUGGAAAUCCUCAGUGAUGACGGAACUAUAUGCAAGCACGUGGAGCUUGUCGGAGGUCUGCAUCGUUUGGAAGCUCGGGAUAAAGUCAAGGAGGCUCUGAGUGUUCUUGGCUACUACUGUGGAGAGAAGGGUCAUCCAACAGUUCUACCUUUGUGUAGUCGGACUGGAGAUGUGGUUGAACCAAGACUGAAGGAGCAAUGGUUCUUAAACUGCAGGGAAAUGUCACAAAAAGCAAUAGAGGCUGUCGAAUCUGGUCAACUAAAGAUAAUUCCACAGUAUAAUGAAAAGAUCUGGAGUGAGUUUUUGAAAAGUACCCAUGACUGGUGUCUGUCCAGACAGUUGUGGUGGGGACACAGGAUUCCAGUCUACACAUGUGCUAACAGCAAUGUGACAGUCUGUGCCCGGUCAGAAGUUGAAGCCAGAGAGAAACUGGAGCAAAAACAUGGACUUAGAUCUGUGGAAGUUGUACAGGAUGCAGAUGUCCUUGACACUUGGUUCUCUUCUUCACUCCUGCCAUUUUCAACCUUUGGUUGGCCCACACGUCAGAUCUCGUCAAGUAUUUUCCCACAAACCCUGCUGGAGACAGGCCAGGACAUUCUCUUUUUCUGGGUUGCCAGGAUGGUCAUGCUAAGUCUGCAGCUGACUGGCCAGGUGCCAUUUAAACAGGUACUACUGCAUGGAAUGAUCCGAGAUGCUCAAGGUCGCAAGAUGAGCAAAUCUUUAGGCAAUGUCAUUGACCCAGUUGACGUCAUCCAAGGAGCCUCGUUGCAGGAUUUGAAUUCGCGUCUGGACAAAGGAAAUCUGGACCCCAGAGAGAUCCAGCUGGCUAAAGCAGGACAGAAGAAAUUAUUCCCAAAAGGCAUUCCUUGCUGUGGUGCCGAUGCUUUGAGACUCACAUUAUGUUCUUACAACUUGCAGAACGCGGAUAUAAACUUUGAUGUGAUUCACGCUGAGAGUAAACUCCGAUUCUGCAACAAAAUCUGGCAGUCAUUCAGAUUCAUAUUUUCCAAACUUCAGCCAGCAGUUCUGUUGGGCCCUGAAGACAGCACAGAUUUAUGGAUUCUGAGUCGGUUGAGUAGCCUGGUGCAGUCGUGUGACACUCACUUCCAGUCCUACAGCAUUCACUUGGCAACAGCAGCUCUGCAGCAGUUUUGGCAUCAUGAAUUGUGUGAUGUUUACCUGGAAGCUGUGAAACCAGUUUUCAUUGGUCAGGAUGAGAAACGACAGGAAGCUGUCCGACAGGUUCUGGCAUUCUGUUCGCAGACAUUUCUGUACAUGAUUGCACCAUUCAUGCCAUUUCUGAGUGAAGAGCUCUUCCAGAGACUACAGCCGUUUUACACCAGAAAGCAAAUGCCUUGGCCAGAGAGCAUUUGUGUGGCUCCUUUCCCACGCCCAUCAGAGUACCCCUGGCAUAGUUCAGAGAUAGAAGGAAACAUGGCUCACAUUCUCUCCAUUGCCCGUCACGUGCAGCAGAUGAGAACAGAUUACAGUGUUUUGGGCAACAAGAUCGACCUUUACCUGGAGACCAACAGUGGCCAGAUUAUGGAAGCAGUUUCCAGUCAUCAUUCUUGCCUGCUUGUCCUCUCUCGAAGUUCUAGCAUCACGAUGUUGAGGCCGGGUGAUGCUCCUCCAGCUGGGUGCCCAUCCGUCUACGUGAAUCCGGAAGUCAGGGUAUUUAUGAAGUUGCAGGGUGGUGCUGCAGACAUCGACAAAGAAAAGGAAAGACUGCACAAGAAAAUUAGUAAGUUGGAGGCCAGCAAGGAUGAAUUGUCUGCCAAGCUAGAGAAGUUACAGCUGAAGGGAAAAACAGAUCAGUCUGCAGCAUUCUAUCUGAAGGACAAGAUGACAGCCAUUGACAGUGAACUGAACAAACUGUCACAGAUGAUGAGCGCACUGUCCAGUACCAGCGAGCUACACUGA